AUGGACAGCCGUGAGAUAUUGGAGUUGGAGAACAAGCUUCUUGAUCCGACCACAGAAGAACCAAUUUCUCUACCCCUACACUUUUUGAGAUCGAUAACAAAUGAUUUUAGCAAUGAGCAAGAACUCGGGAGGGGUGGGUACGGAGUGGUUUACAAGGGACGACUUCUCUACCAUGGCGAUUCAUUUAUUGCUGUGAAGAAGUUUCAUGAUAGUCAUGUAGUGAAUGGUGAUGAACAGUUCCAGAAAGUGGCCACUUCUCUUAUCAAACACCCAAAUGUAACACAACUCCUAGGUUACUGUUCAGAAUCAAAGGGAGAGAUGAUCAAGCUACCGAACGGGAAAUAUGUUAUUGCUGAUAAACAGACAAGAAUUCUCUGCUUCGAGUAUAUGUGUAAUGAAGGCCUUGAUAAGCAUCUUUCAGCUUUGGAAUGUGUGCACCCUGAGAAGGAGAAAAGGCCAAAUGUAUCAAAUAUAAUUGAAAUUCUUAAUGCAGCAGAAGGAAGUUGUGUUCAAAAUGGUGAAGAUUUACUGGUAGAUCACCAGGCGUUGGCUUCCUUAGAGGACAACCCGCUCAAGGACCCUGGGCAGCCACCAUCAACCUUGGCCCGGGCGGCCACGGCCCUCCAGCCUAGAGCUGCUAUCGUCAAAGCGAUUCUUGAGUCCACCCUCAAGCAGGUGAUACACAACUCGGCGCUUGAGCACUGUCUAAUGAUGCUUCAAGACCUCGUAUAUGACGCCGAGGAUGUGGUGGACGAGAUGGAAUACUUUCACAUCCAAGACAUUGGGACGCCACCAAACAUGCCGAAGGUUGCGCCCACAACUGGACCUUAA